CACCUCCGCCCAGGCACGAAGGGGGCCUGCUGUUGGGCUUCGCGCAGACGCACUCGCUUCGGUACUAGGCCUUGCGCAGCUGCACUUAGUUCCUUCAGGGUUUUAGCUGAGGGGUGCGCGGUGCGGAAGAAGUCGUGGGCGUUUAGUCGCUUCUGUGGCCUGACGCGAAGGUGACAUGGAUGACGAAGAGGAGACCUAUCGGCUAUGGAAGAUCCGCAAGACUAUAAUGCAGUUAUGUCAUGAUCGGGGCUACUUGGUGACCCAGGAUGAAUUAGAUCAGACUUUGGAAGAGUUCAAAGCCCAGUUUGGGGAUAAGCCCAGUGAAGGACGGCCUCGACGCACUGAUCUUACAGUAUUGGUGGCCCACAAUGAUGACCCCACAGACCAGAUGUUUGUCUUCUUCCCAGAGGAACCAAAGGUUGGAAUAAAGACUAUCAAGAUGUACUGCCAGCGGAUGCAGGAGGAGAACAUUACCAGGGCCCUCAUUGUGGUGCAGCAGGGCAUGACGCCCUCCGCGAAGCAGUCCCUGGUUGACAUGGCUCCCAAAUAUAUCCUAGAACAGUUUCUACAGCAGGAGCUGCUCAUUAAUAUUACUGAACAUGAGCUGGUCCCAGAGCAUGUUGUCAUGACAAAAGAAGAGGUCACUGAGCUGUUAGCUCGAUAUAAGCUUCGAGAAAACCAGCUGCCCAGAAUCCAGGCUGGAGACCCAGUGGCGCGGUACUUUGGAAUAAAGCGAGGGCAGGUGGUGAAAAUCAUCAGACCCAGUGAGACUGCAGGCAGAUAUAUCACUUACCGGCUAGUGCAGUAACUGGCUGCUGACGCCCUGAGAACAUCCCUGGAGAUGUGCUAGCCAGCCUCUGACUCCUGUCUCAGCACGCAAGGCAGCUCCACCUGGGAAGACGGCUGACUUCUACGCCAUUUGCGGUUGUGUGUGCUGCCUAACUCAGUGAAGAAAGCAUGGGUUUUCCUUCUCACUUGUUCAACAGGACUGAAAUUGAAUUGGGAAACGAAGAAACGGCAUAGGAUCUCUUUUGGAUAGGAGUGGUGGCAGAUAAUGGUUCACAAAAUAUAAUGUGUGUUGUGGAUCUUGUAUCUUGGUCUCCAAUCCACCCUUUGCAGAGCUGCCCAAUAAUCUGCUAAUAGACAGGUAUGAUCACACUAUUUUACUGCCUAAAACCAACUGUAGUUCUCUGUUGUCUCUAGGAUAAAUGACCUUUCAUAUCAUUUACCUUCAUGCACUGACUGUGGUUCCACCUGACCUGGAUAAACAGCAGUUGUCUGAUCUCAUUCUGCACUGUAAUGCCUUUUGUAGGCUUUACCUCAUACCUGGAACCUCCUUCCUUAAUCUCUGCCCGUUGAAAUUAUUAUCAAUUCUUAGCCUGAGGGAGCCAUUUCUUCCAUGAAGAUUUAUCGUUGGGGAAAGGGGUAAUGUGGCAUGGUGGAAAUGGUGUUGGACUUGGAAUGAGAAAGAGCAGUUUGAAAUUUUGCUGAGCCUUUCAUUUCAUUAUUUGUUAAAUGGCAGAAACUCUUAGGGUUUUUGUGAGAACGAAAUGGGUAUUUGUGAGAAUGAAAUGGGUAUUAAGUGCUUUGCAGACCUACAAGCAUUAUGUGACCAUCAUUUAUUUUUCCUAUAAAAAUUAUCUCACCUUCAUUUUCUAGCAUUUUAGAUUUAUUUUACCUUCAUUAAACUUUCCCUUGUAUUAUU